CUCAGCUGUAUUUUGCAGUGACACGCAUUCAAAAUGGCGUCCAAAGAGCCGCCGGUGUGUCAGAUUUUCUCUUUUCAGGACUCUAAAACGUCUCCCGACCCUAUUUUUGAGCUCCCAGCACAGUGUCUAACCCAGACAGCGGUCCCUAUAGUGAUAGACAAUGGCUCUUUCCAGACCCGGGCAGGCUGGGCGGCUACCGGGGCUGGGUUCGAGUCUCCGCGGCUCCUCUUCAGGUCGGUGGCGGCGCGCAGCAGAGGGGCCGCCCGAAGCGAGACCCAGAUCGGCAACGACAUCCCGAACCUGGAGCCGCUGCGGUGGCUGCUGAAGAGCCAGUUCGACCGGAACGUGGUGGUGAACCUGGAGAUCCAGGAGCUGAUCUUCGACUAUGUGUUCACUCACCUGGGCAUCGCCUCGGAGGGCAGCGUUGAACACCCCAUCGUGCUGACUGAGGCUCCCUGCAACCCGCUGCACUGUCGACAGAUGAUGUCUGAGCUGCUGUUUGAGUGCUACCGGGUCCCGUACGUCUCUUAUGGUGUGGACGGCUUGUACAGUUUCUACCACAAUAACUCUCAGAGGAGGCUGCAGCCGCCACACACCGGCAUCAUUCUGUCCUCUGGGUACCACAGCUCUCACAUCCUGCCGGUCGUCAACGGCAGGUUGGAUGCGGUGAACUGUAAGCGUGUGAACGUCGCUGGGAGCCAGGCGGCGUCUUACCUGCAGCGCCUCCUGCAGCUCAAAUACCCAGGUCACCUCGCUGCCAUCACUCUGAGCCGCAUGGAGGAGCUGCUGCAUGAACACAGCUACACCGCUGUGGAUUAUCAUGAAGAGCUGGAAAAGUGGCGCAGUCCGGAGUUUUAUGAGCGUGAAGUUCACCGUAUUCAGCUUCCUUUUUCGGGUAAGGUUCCAGGUGGAUGUGUGAGCGUGGAGGAGAGGCAGGAGAGAAGAGCUCAGCAGCUUCGAAGACUUCAGGAGAUUAACGCUCGCCGUCGAGAGGAGAAGCUGCAGCAGGACCAGGAGAGGCUGGACAGACUGAUGGCAGUUCAGGAGCUGCUGGAGGACGGCCUGUUGGAUCAGUUCCACAAGAGCCUAGUGCAGCUCAACAUGGACUCAGCAGAAGAACUGCAGUCCUACAUCAACAAGCUGCAGCUGGCUGUAGAGCAGGGCAGACAGAAGCUGCUGCACAGCGACGGAGCAGAGGGGAAGACGGAGGUGUCUGAGCUGGAGCAGCCGAUGGACGAAGGAGACGGAGUGGCGCUGAUGGAUUCUGACUUCCCUGAGGACACGCUGCCAGAAAAACCCGCUAAUGUGGUUCAGCCCGUGUUCAACAUGGCCGAGUACCACCAGCUGUUUGUGGGGACGGAGCGUCUUCGGUGUCCAGAGAUCCUGUUUCAGCCGUCGCUCACUGGAGAGGACCAGAUGGGACUGAUGGAGACGCUGCAGUACGUCCUGGCCAGGUACACUCCGGAGCAGCAGGAGGCGCUGGUGAGCAACGUGUUUCUGACUGGGGGGAACAUGCAGUAUCCAGGGAUGAAGGAGCGAGUGGAGCGAGAGCUUCUGUCCAUGAGGCCGUUCCAGUCGCAGUUUAAGGUAACCAUGGCGACGCGGCCGGCGCUGGACUCCUGGUUCGGAGCUCGGGACUGGGCCCUGGAGCACCCAGCCGGAGGAGCAGAGGGCUGGAUCAGCCGGCAGGAGUACGAGGAGAAAGGAGGCGAGUAUCUGAGCGAACACUGCGCCUCCAACACCUUCGUCCCCCUGAAGAUCGUCAAACCCGUCCUCACUCGCCCUGCCGAGCCGCCCGUCGCCUCGCAGACGUCAGCCGGAGCUUCUCCUGCGGUCGCCACGGUUACAUCCACCCCCUCCUCCUCCUCCGGUGCUGCUGUUGUCACCAUGGUUACCUCCUAGAAGUGUUUACCUUCAGUUGGACUCCCAUCAUGCAUUUCAGGGAGCUCAGGUGGGAAUCAGCGGUAAAUCUGACUGAUGAUGUUUCAGUUAAAACCAAGCAACGCUCAGAAGUAGAAGCUGUAUUUUCUCUAUUAGAAAGUGGACUUUUCCUUCAUGUAGCAGGAAUAUCGGGGCUCAUUCUGCCUGUUUUAAACUUUAUGAAGCCACCAGAGAGCCUUCAUAUUGAAUGGUCACCAAACUGAUGCUGGUAAAGCUCUCGUGGGGGCGUUUUUUGUGUUAUUCUGUAAAUUUAAUUUGUUGUUUUUUUUUAAAUAUAUGUAUAUAUUUUCACUGGAAAAAAACAGCUGCUUGUUUUUUGUUGAAUGACAAGUUGAGGGGAAAUCUGGCAGCUGUUUGAUGCUGCUGCUUUUUAUUUUAUUUUUUUAUAAUUCUUUAUUUUACUCGGAAAGAUCAGUCGAGAGCAAUUUCUCCUUUACAGUGAUGACCUGGGAAGAAGAAAGAUACCAAAUGAACAAUACAUGUAUAAGAAAAGGACACACAAGUCUUUAGACAGAUUAAAAACUGCCUAAAUUAAAUGCGACAGAUCAGUAAAAGCUUUGCUGCUGCUUCUGAUUAACAUUCCUGUUGUCCUCAUUUACAAGCAUCAAAAAAUAUUGUUUCCUUGUUUGAAAAAAAAAAUCCAAAAACUCUGCAAAAAAUUUCCCAAAUUUCUGAAAAUUUCCAAAACCUUCAGGAAGAAAACUCCAGUAAUUCCUUAAAAAAUUCCCUGAAAAAUUAAAUUAAAAAAAAUCCCCCAGAUUUGGCAAGAAAAUUCUUGUAAAUAUUUUUAAAAAUGAGUAAAAGUCUUCCAAAAAUAUCUAAAGUGAUUGCAUAUAUAUCAGUAAAACUUCUAAUAUUUUCUUUAAGAACAUUCAGAAAAAAAUCAACCAAAAUCCAGUGAAUUUUGCUGGAUUUUGGUUGAUUUUUUUCCCCCUGAAUGUUCUUAAAGAAACAUUUUUUUAACAUUUCUUUUUUCCACCAAGAAAUGUUCAAAAUUUUCCAAAAGUGUGAAAAUGUAGACGUCAGAAAUUUCAUUUCAUUUGCUGGAAAAAAUGAUUUUUAUGUGAAUGUUCUUAAAGAAAAUAUCAAACGUUUUACUGAUAUAUAUGGAAUCAUUUUAGAUAUUUUUAGGGUUUUUUUUUUUUGGAAGAUUUUUACAGUUGUUUUUUUUUAAAUAUUUACAGGAAUUUUCUUGCCAAAUUUUAGGAUUUUUUUUAAUGUAAUGUUUAAAGGAAACAUUUAAGUAAUUAUUGGAAUUUUCUUCCUGAAGGUUUUGCAAAUUUUCAGAAAUUUGCUGAAUUUUUUUUUUUUCAAACAAGGAAACAAUACUUUGGUGCCCAUAAAUGAAGACAACAGGAGGGUUAAGCGCUUUAAAUAUUUGUGGAAUUGCAGUUUCCUGUUGCACCACUGGAUGGCGUAGGUGAACAUAAAAUGAUUCUGUCUUUAUUCAUACAUUAUUAUACUGCAGUAAACUGAUCUACAUUUUCUUUAAUGUGAGCUUCCUCAGUCAAACUGGAAAAGUCACAUUUUGAUGAACAAUAGAAUUUUUAAUACUUUGUUUUUGUUUUUCAUGAGUGCCAUUUGAACAAACGGUUCCCUUCAUGUUGGUCCUGCUGACCCAGAAACCUGCAGUUUAAUCGGUUUAAUGUUCUCCAGAUCAUGUGAGACUUUGAUGAUGUAAUUUAUUAAUCACAGUAAGUUUUAUUUUUUCCUCCACAUCUGAUCCGAGAAGCUGUCAGCUGUUCUUCUCUGGUCCUCCUCCUUAACCCGGCAGACAUCUAAUGGCAUUAUGUGGCGUUAAACUGGAGGUUCAAACCUUCUGCUUUCUCUCAAGCGGCGGCAUGGCGACCAGACGCUCACACCGAGGGGCUAAUCAGAGCCGACACAGGCCUCAGACUGCAGGGUGAUUGGCUCAAAUUUAACAAGAGGGAUUAAAAAGAAGAAAAAAAACACAACAAAGCGAUCUUUUAUGUGUCGAACCGAGUAACCAGGAUUUAUUACUAUGGCUACGCUGCAUUUCAAGGGGGCUUUAGGGCAAGAAAACAACAGAUAAUGGCUGUUUUCUGCCUCCUUUUUUUAUAUUUAGCUUUCCAUUUGUGCGACUUUUGGUUCGUGUGACGCCACAGAUGAUCAGGGGUGUCCAACAUGAGGCCCGUGGUCCAAAAGUGGUCCUCCAGAGGGUCCAAUCCGGCCCUCAAAGUGUAAAAAUUACAGAGAAGACAUUAACUGCAGAUUGUAAAUUAGUAAAACUAUAAAUUUAAAAUCAUUUCUAGACCAUGACAAGUUGUUUGGAUCAGAAAGUAAAAUACUAGAUUGUUCUUUGUGUCUCAUUUUUGUAACAUCUUGUCUUGUUUUUGUCAUUUUGUGUUUCCCUUUUGUCUCACUUGUGUUUUUUGUCUAUUUGUUCAUUUUGUUCCUUUCUUUUAGGUCAUUUUUUGGUCUUGUUUAUGUCCAUUUUUUGUUGUUUUGUGACUUAUUUGUCAAAUUUAUUUAGUUUUGUUUUCUUGUCUGACAUUUUGUGUCUCAUUUUUGUCUGGCGUGUGUGUUUUUGUCCUAUUUUUGUUGUUUUGUGUUUUGCUUUAUUUGGUGUUUUGUGCAUCGUUUUGUGUUUUUUUUUUUUUUUUUGUCUUGCUUGUGUUGGUAGUCUGCUUUUUUGUUGUUUUGUUUCUUGCUUUUGUCAUGUUGGAUCUUUGUGUUAUUUGUGUAAUUGUUUUGUCUUAUUUUUGUAGUUUGUACAUUUUUUGGUCAUUUUAUAACUUUUUUAUCAGAUUUUUGGUCUUUUAUUGUUUUGUUUAGUGUCGUUUGUCUCAUUUUUUGUCACUUUGUGUCUCAUUUUUGCAAUGUUUUGCCUUGUUUUUGUUGUUUUUUUGUCUGACUUUUAUCAGUUCUCUCAUGUUUUUGUCAUUUUGUGUUUCCUUUAUGUCUUGCUUAUGUUUUUUUGUCUUUUUUUCAUUUUAUGUUUCGCUUUAUUCAAUGUUUUUGUCACUUUUGUCAUUUUGGGUCUUGUUUGUGUAAUUUUUUUCUCAUUUUUGUUGCUUUGUAACUUCUUUGUCAAAUUUUUUGUCUCUUUUUUUGUUUUGUUUCGUGUCAUUUGUCUCAUUUUUUGUAAUUUUGUGUCUCGUUUUUGUAAUUUUGUGUCUCAUUUUUGUAUUAAUUUGUCUUGUUUUUUGUCUUUUCUUGUUUGGUUUUUGUCAUUUUGAUCAUAAAGUAGAAUCCUGUACGGUUCAGUUCCAGUUGUCUGAAGAGGUUUUGAUCCUUGUUGGUCUCCUGAGGCCUGAGCUUUCAAAUUCAGCAUCAAAUCCGAGACGUGCUGCCGUUCUGUGUCCAUGUUUAUCCACGUUAACGCCUGCCUUCACCUCACCUGGACACGUUUUGAAUCUCCUGGUGGGAACAGUCGUCGUUCUGUGGGGUUUGGCUGUAUGUGCAGCAUGCAGAUGGUGUGUAUUUUUAAACGAGCCUGCUCCGUGUUGUGCCACAGGGUUGGCCUGUGUCCAAUUAGGAGGAUUUGUGUGUGAUCUGCAGCGCUGUAGGUCAGCAGGAACACCAGGCCGUCCUGUGGUGGAGGGGAAGGAAAAAUAAUGACCCAGAGCUGGAGGUGUGACAGAUGAAGACUUAUUUUAUUUAUUUAGCUUUUUUAAUGGCUGGAUCAUCUCAUUUUAUUUCAUUUUUCCCGUGUAAAACUUGUCACUGUCACAAAUUCUAAAUUCGGUAUGGAGACGUCUUCAUGGUAGCAAAAUAAAAAAAAAAAAAAAACCAGCCUGUUAGGAGGAGAUCCUGUCAGCAUAAUGUGUAAUUCUAUGAUAGCUUGUUGCAGACAACUUCACCAGUUCUGACCCUGAAUCCUCCAGAAUUUUUGGAGACCUUUUAGAGGGUGUGGAAGUGGAGCGGACACUGGAUUUCUAAGCAUUUAAAAAGUAAAUGUUACAGACAUAAACUGAAGUCACUGUAUGGCAUCAGUCUAAAUGACUGCAAAUGAUAUCAGUCAUAAUCAAAUAACAAAUGUUUGCCUGAAUGUGCAUCUAAUAUGAUCAGUAUUAAAAUUUAAAGUUAUUAUUUUACAUCACGUUAGACAUCACACAUGUGAAUGACUUAAUUAGGUUAGGUUGUAAUUCUUUAAUACAUGUCGUUGGCGAGGGGCUGCACAGUGGAUCAGUGGUUAGUACUGUUGCCUCACAGCUGGAAGAUCCCGGUUCGUGUCCCAGCCUUCCUGGAUCUUCCUGCAUCCACUGGAAACAAUGCCCCUCUGAAAACAAGGAAAAAAAACUUAUUUCAAAGAACUUUUAUCUUGAAAUAAGUGAAAAAAUCUGCCAAUAGAACAAGUGAAAAAUGUCUUGGUAAGAUUUCUUGAAGUAAGAUAUGAUAUUUAGAAUAUUUAGACCUUAAAAUUAGCUGGGAAGAUUUAUUUUAAGCUCAUUUACAGCACCAGAAAAUAUUCCUUGUCUGAAAUUUUUUUUUUUUAAAAUCUGCAAAAAAUUCCCUAAAUUUAUUUUAAAAAAAUAGCAAAAUCUUCUUUAAGAAAAAUCCUUAAAGGUUUCCCUUAAAACUUUUAUUUUUUUUAAAAAAUCCUCAAAUUCGGGAAGAAAAUAAAAGAAAUCUAUAAAAAUUGUAAAUAUUUAAUAGAAACGAAAAAAAUCUUCCAAAAAAAUAUCCUAAAAAUAUCUAAAGUGAUUCCAUGUAUAUCACUAAAACUUCGAAUUGUUUCUUUAAGAACAUUCACAUAAAAAUCAACCAAAAUCCACCGAAUUUCGCUGGAUUUUGGUUGAUUUUUAUGUGAAUGUUCUUAAAGAAACAUUUUUUUUGACAUUUCUUUAUUUCCAUCAAAAACUGUUCAAAAAUUUCCCCAAAAAAUGUUGAAAAUGUGGAACUUUUCACUGUGAAAAUUACUAUUUUUUCCACAUUUUUAAACUUUAAAAUGGGUCAAUUUGACCCGCAGGACGACAGGAGGGUUAAAACAAGAUAAUUUCCAGAUUGUUUGACUUAACAAAAUAUUUAAGAUUCAUUGUCUUAAAACAAGUCCCUCCAUCUUGCUGAAAUGUCAUUUAUUAAGUGAAUUUAUCUUAAACCAAGUGGGAUGAGACAUUUUGACUAAAAAUAAGACAAACAGACUUGGUAAGAUUUGGAGUUUUUGCAGUGUGGAGUCUCCAUGUUCUCCUGUACAUGUGUGGCUUUUCUCCAGGUUCUCCAGCUUCCUCCCACAGUCCACAAACAUGCUGAGGUUAACUGGUGAUUCUGUGUCUCUCUGUGUAGUCCUGUUGCAGACUCUUACCUGUCCAGGUGAACCUUCACCCUCACUCCUGCCUCCCUUAAUGAGGAUUAAACGGUGUAUAGAUGCAGCUUCAUUUCUCCUUUAAAGACCCUUUUCUUGUGAGAUUUUUAAAACAUAUUUUAGACUGCAAAGUGAAUGCCUAAAUGUGAUUUUAGCUAAAAAGUUAAAAAUUCUCCCCAGAGCUUCUCGACUCCCCAGCAGGGGUUUCAAAAAACUGUCAAACGUUUCGUCUUCGGCAGAAAUGUCAGCUGCCUUUGAACCAGAGGAACUCUGAGUUAUAAGCUCAGAGAUCAGAUCCUAAAGACAGACGAUGAACAGUUUGUGAGGAGCUGCUGUCCAAUUGCAAACAGUUGGGUGUUUCUAAUAAGACUGUACUGAAAUAUUUUGCUUUAGUUUGCGGUGUUUGUACCAGAGAACGGUGGAUGUUGUGAGCUUGUUUUCACAGCAGUAACAAAGUGGAGAACAGGACCACAAUCCCAACAUCACAUGAACCAUUCACUUAUUCUGGCAGUGUGAUGCAGUUCUGGAUUGUCCACCAGUGUGAGACACAAACAGCAUAAAACCCAGAAUGAGUUAUUUUGAGGGCAGAAUGUGUUUGGUUUAACACUGGAAAGUCGACACUUGGAGACGCUUUGGAUUACUUAACUUUUGUCGCUCUCUGAGUGACUUGAACCCAACUUUACACUUUUCAGAGAAACCUUUCAAGACACCAUCAGAAAGUUAUCCUUAUUGGAGAGGCAGAUGUGGGGUGACUUUAAAACAGGUGUAAAAUGCUGCUUAAAUAUGCCCAGAUUAGUGUCCUUAUUAGACAUACUUCAUUCUGUAUUGUACCCUGUUUUUAGCCUGUCUGCGGGUCAUUAUCAUGGAGCUGAAGGGUUAAAAAAUGCUGUGGCCUGUUUGUGUUCCUUUAAAUGAAUCCCAGUCUUCUCGGGCGGAGCUGAGAAAAGGAUGCAGUGAUGGUGUCCCCUCAGAAUAGCAACAGGGGAGUUUUUUUUGGUGGAACAUUUACAUGCAGGAAAACCAGAACUAUCUCUACAAUGGUGAUGGCUUUAUUCGAAUCCUUUGUAAAACGUGAAAUUAUCAGAGUGGAGGUUUGCUAGCCUGGAGGUUGUUGUUUCCUGUAGUAAAGGUGAUUGUGAAAACAGGAACACACAGAAAGCUGUUGCUAUUGUUAGGUCCUUUUGUAUAAGUGUAAAUGGACAUAUUGGUGUGUAUUUAUUUGUGUGACAUUAAAAUCAAACCCCAGAAGAAGACGUGUCCUAAUGAGACCAUGGACCUGCAGCACACAUCGAGCCACACAUGUUCCCUAUGACAGGAUGAGCCGUGGCCUCGACUCACUCUGGGAUUUAUUUCCAUCUGCAGACACCUUGUCUGAGGCUGAUGGAGUCAUUAGAAUGAACCUCUGCGGAGAAGAACACCUUCUGGGUCCUGCUUUGCAAAUGAUCAUCAGAGGAGUACGCUGUCCAGGAUACUUGGCAAACUGAAUUUUUUCAAAUAACAAAUAACUAGAUGUCACUGUUGGUUACAAAAAUACAGCAGUCUGUCAGAAUAGUUAUCAUCUUUAUAGUGUAGAACAGACGUGUGACGCUCCUUCUCCUUCCUUUCCUUUUUUAUCUGACUUUUAUCAUUGUUUCACAGUUUUGUCAUUUUUUGUCACUUUUUUCUUUUGUCGGUUUUCUCAUUUUUUUGUGAUCUUGUUUCUCACUUUUGUCGUUUGUGUGUCAUUUUUGUAGCAUUUUGUCUUGUUUUUGUUGUUUUUAGUCCUUUUUUUGGCUGACUUUUAUUGUUUCCAUCACGUUUUUGUCGUUUUGUGUUUCCUUUUUGUCUUGCUUGUUUUUUUUGUGUCAUUUUUGUCAUUUUCUGUUUUGCUUCAUUCAUUGUUUUGGGUAUCGUCGUUUUGUUUCAUGGUUUUGUCAUUCUUUUGUCGCUUUGUAACUUUGUUGUUGAAUUUUUUGUCACUUUUUCGUUUUGUUUCGUGUCAUUUUUCUAAUUUUUUGUCAUUUUGUUUCUCGCUUUUGUUUGGAUGCUAUUUCGGUAAUAUUUUGUCUCUUUUUUGUUGUUUUUUUGUCAUUUUUUAAAGUAAAAUCCUCUGUGUUUCAGCUCCAGGUGACUAAAUGUUGUGUUCCUUUGUAGACACUCUGUGAUCUGGAAGUUGUAAUGUGGAAAUGAUAAACUGAGGAUGAAUGUUGAUGAAAUUAAACUUAUUUUUUUUAAGAAA